AUGUCCAGUGUGAAAUCGGGAAGUGACUCUGAGAACAGCAAAAAAUCCGGUAAUGAUAAUGACCAAAAAUCUGGUGAUUCUAACCGCUCAUCGACCCCCUCAGUGGAGGAAAGUCCCGAACCUGAGGUGGAAAUUACAGUGAAUGAACAGCGAGACCAGAGCAGCAAUAGUGGCUCUGCCGUCUACGCCCAAACUGAUGAAAACGAUCGAAAGCAUCUAGUGGGCAGCGGUAAAACCACUCCUACUGCGAUCGUAGAACCCUGCAAUGAUGAAAAAUUAGCAAGUGUCGAAAUACAAAAUGUGUUGCAGCCAUCUACUGGCGACAGCUCCGAAGUAAUUACGGUAGCUGAAAACAAGAAUAAAUCACAAUUAGGAGAUGUCAGCCCCAUAAAAAAGGACAGAAAACGUCGUAAAAUUAAAGGAAAAUCGGCUAAUCGUAAGGGAAAUAAUAGCAGCACCUCCGGAUCGCCUGAAACCCUUAAAAAACCGAAAAAGUUUAAAAAUACACUUGAAAUAACCAGUGAAAAACACAGCGACAACUCUGAGAAAUCUAUCGAUGAAGCUAAUGAACAAAUUGAUGAAGAAUAUGAAUCGUCAAUCCAAUAUUCUGAUGAGAGUAUGCCGGAAUAUCCUCCUGGAUUACCAAAAAGCAAAGAGCCUGUCGAAAGUGAGUGCUACGACAGCCCUAAAAGCAUUGUUCCAUCUGUGCCCAUUAUUCAACACGAUCUAAACAUUCAGCAGAAAAUUGACAACAUUUUUGGAAGCAGUAGAAAGCCAAACACUCCCUCCAAUGCGAAUAACUCAGAAUUUACUAUCCCCCGCAGAACUGUGCCACUGGAGUACCUAAACCGAUCAAGAAAUAAAACACCUUUAACGCCUACUAAUAACAGAUUUCAAAUAUUAGCUAAUGACAGGUUGGCCGCUAAAGUAAACGCUUCAGCUGUUCCCUCAACGUCUGGAACUAGUAUCUCCAAGCCAGUUACCAGACCUAAAGCACCAUUAGCCCCUGCAAAGGUAGCCAAGAAUAAGCUGCCCCCAGUAGUAAUAAGUGGUAAAUUUACUAAUCAAAAGGCCUUAAUAAAUACUCUCAAAAAUAACAUGAAGAAGGGAUUUGAUAUCAAGCAUACUAAAUACAACACCGUUGUUCACAUUAAUGAUGAGCUCGAAUAUGACAUCUAUGUUAAAAAUUUAAUCAAUGAGGAAAUUAAAUUCCACACUUACGCCAAAACUAACGAAAAAACGCACGCUUUUAUCCUCCGUGGCCUCGAUGCUAAAGAUGUCACUGAGGAAGAAAUUAAAAAUGAUAUUACAACUAAUAAUCCUGACAUCAAAAUUGAAAAAGUUUAUCCUUUGAAAAAUCUGAAAAAUACUACAAGACGACUCUUUAUGGUUAUGAAAGGAAUAAACUCACCAUAUUUUGGACAUUCACAACUAACAACAUAA